GCGCCGCAUCUCCUCACACUUAAAGCCGCCCUUGUGCACAACACCUGCAUGUAGUACGCUCAGUCGCCUUGCAUAUAAAACUGUGUUUAUCCAGGCUGCAUUAAAUAUCAACAUGAGGGUUAGAAUGGUCUCUCGCUUAAUUGUUCUCCUAGUUUUGAGUUCCGGACAAAGUCUUGAACCUAAAUGCUCCAAGUUUGAUUACGAGGAGAAAUUAAUAACGAAAGUUGUUAAAUUGGAGUUUGAAAUCAGCGAUUUAAAGAAGAAAGUGGGAGAGGUAGAUGCCAUUCGCAAAGAAUUGACACAGAUGCAGAGUAACCAUGGAGGCGGAACUUACGUGAGAUGGGGGCGGACCAGCUGUCCUGGAAAUGGAACCGAGACCGUCUACAAAGGUUACGUCGGUGGGUCGUAUUACACACAUAAAGGAGCCGCUGCAAACUUUUUGUGUCUGCCGGAAACGCCAGAGUGGGGUCAUUACAAUGACGAGACUGUUAACGAUUCCGCAUUCGUAUACGGCGGAGAAUACCAGCUAAACAACAGAGAAAGCGACCACGGUUUCUUUGGUAACAUCCACCAACAAGAUCCCCAUUGUGCCGUCUGCCGCACGAGCCGGAAGUCCGUGUUAAUGAUUCCCGCCAAGCUGAAAUGCUUUGACGGCUGGACAAUGGAGUACAACGGAUAUUUGGUCGCGGGAUCCACACUACAUGAUGCAUCAACAGAGUACAUCUGCCUUGAUGGAAAACCUGAAGUGGUUCCCGGAAAAGGCGAGAGCCAGGACGGGAAGCUAAUGUUCCUGACGGAAGCGCGUUGCGGUUCAUUGCAAUGUCCUCCUUACAUCAACGGCCGGGAAUUGACGUGCGCCGUGUGCUCACGCUAGCGUAUUGAUUAACAAUUAAGAUGUGUGCUCUUUUGAUGGUUAGUGAUUCAAUGCGAAACAAUUGAACAAUACAUUAGUUUGUUUACUUUGCAGAAUCAAGUUCAUUAGCAUAAAUAAUUUAUGAUUGUAUGCAUCACUUUAAUGCAUUCUACUAAAACUACACUCAUACAAUUUUACCUCCCAUUUCUUAAUUUUGCUUUUUCUAUAACCGUCAAUUUGUCAUAUUCCCAAUAUCAUGACAUCAAGAGCGAAAAUUCCCAAUUUAUGGUUGACUUCUAAUUGUUCCGAAAUACAUGUGUAACAUGUAAGAGUAGAAGUAAAUACAUUAAAGUUCAUAAUUUUAUUAUACAUGUACACAUGCUAUUAAUCGAACGUUUGUAUAUGUGUAAGUAACUGUUCUACUGCCUUAAACCGGUUAAAACAACCAUUGCUUUGAAUCGUACGUUCCGAUGCAUUGUCCCUAGCUUAAAUCAUUUGUAUGUUUAAUGUUACGUUGUAUGUUCUGUUAUGUACUGUAUUGUUUAUAAAUAAAAAAAAAUAAAUAUCCAUAUUGACAAAUAAUAUUUGAUUAAACAUUAAUUCAAUAAAACCAUCGAAUAGCGGAAAAGGGGCUUACUGACACCAAAAUCGACUUGAUUUGAGAGAUGGGCGUGCUUGGAACAGAUUCCCUAAACGACUUGCAGACCAACUGGAUUUGACAGAAUCCUGCUUCUCAUUACCUAUGUUUGUAAAUAUCAAUUGAUAUAUUUGCUACAACUUGUGGAAAGUUUUGGUGGUUACCGUGGCGAAUACAAUUAUUGUGUAAUGGAGAGAAGCGCAUCUGACCAUGUGUACACUAAAUGCAACUUAUUACUAUGAUUCGAUGCAUUUCAACGAUAAGGAAGAAUUUGAAAUAAACAGUAACAUUAUGCAACACGUGAACACUUUUUAAUAAAAAAAACAAAAUAAACGAAACACAAAGAUUGUUUUACAUGGCGAACUCACUUCGAAAGAGUUCGUCAGAACAACUGCAUGGAUACAAGAUAAAGUAUUGAAUAUCAUUAAAUAAAUUGAAAUGAAUGCGAACAUUCACCAAUAAAUAACCUUAUUCGAUCAAUAUACGGAAAUCGCUUUUAGAAAAUGUACCACUUAUAU